CGGGGCUCCGGCUUGUGUAGUACGUGUGAUUCACGGCAGUUAGCUUGCGGCCACUAAGUCGAGGCUAAAGCUGAAGUCAGAAACAUGGUGCUGCUUGAAAACGAUUCGUUUCUUACAGAGCUCACACGGCUGUUCCAGAAGUGCAGAACAUCUGGCAGUGUUGUCAUCACACUAAAGAAAUAUGACGGGAGGACCAAGCCAGUGCCCCGAAAGGGUCAGUCAGAGUCAUUUGAACCAGCAGACAACAAAUGUCUCAUCAGAGCAUCUGAUGGCAAGAAGAAAAUCAGCACAGUGGUCAGCACCAAAGAAGUAAUCAAGUUUCAGAUGGCAUACUCCAACCUCCUUAGAGCUCACAUGGAUGGACUUAAGAAGAAAGAUAAGAAAAGCAAAAGCAAGAAAACCAAAGCCACCCAAUGAGCAUCAGACUCUUUAACAUAUGUUACCUAAUCAGGCCCGUAUGAUGUGAGGGAACGGGAAAGGCUCAGCUCACUCGGCCUGUCGCCCCACUCAGCUUUCUUCCCAUUCACCACCUGAGGCCUCAGAAUCACUGUCCAUCCACCUGGUGACUGCUCUGGUAUUAUGCCACUGUUUGCAUGGUAAAGUCCUGGCUCUUCGGUGCCAUCUGGAACAAAGAACCUGAGGACUUCUUGUAACUUGUACAGGACGAAGCAACUUUAUUGAAUCUUCACCAUUUCUGGAGGUCAUCAACAGCUGUUGUCACCUCUGGAGCCAAAUCCAUGGAGCCCAUUGAUUGCCUGCCUUUCAUACUAUUUAACUGUUAAGAGUCCAUAUUUAUGUUAUAUUUCUGGCUGAUCUGUUCUGCCAGUGUUUUUUCCCCCCGACAACUUGAGAAGAAUAAUUGGAAUAUUUUCUUUCUUUCUUUUUUUUUAAUUGAUCAGAUUUGAUGUAAUUUUUAAACCAGUUUUAUUAUAUUAAGUAUGAUGCCGGAUAUAAAAAUGUACUUUCUUCUGUUUUUCUUUUGAACCACAUUUUCACACCAAGCUGUAAACAGGCCAUCUUAAACUGUUAAGCACCAGUAAAGUGAGUAGCUUUAGUUCAUGCAGUUAAUUAAAAUGUGAAUAAGGUUUCUGGAUGAUGACGAGACAAAAACAAUUUAAAUCGGAUUUUAUUGAAAGGCAUGUUUGAUUUAUGAAUACAGAGAUAAAGUAUUGGCUGCUGUUCUCAUGUAAUUUCUGUUAAUCACAAUUACAAGCAGGUUUAACUACAGCUGAUAUAUUUUGUUAGCCAUUUGUAUGUCUCUUCGUGCUACCAUGGUCCUGAUUUCAUGGAAGAGGACUGCAGCAGAAUUUAAGUUCAGAAAUAAAGUGCGUUGUUGAAAGUCA